AUGAUUCGUCUUUCCGGUGGAGUUGAAAACUUAUUACACACUGAAUUAUCUAUCUAUCUAUCUAUCUAUCUAUCUAUCUAUCUAUCUAUCUAUCUAUCUAUCUAUCUCAGUCUGGUCAUAUUCUAUCUAUCUAUCUAUCUAUCUAUCUAUCUAUCUAUCUAUCUAUCUAUCUAUCUCAGUCUGGUCAUAUUCUAUCUAUCUAUCUAUCUAUCUAUCUAUCUAUCUAUCUAUCUAUCUCAGUCUGUUCAUAUCUAUCUAUCUAUCUAUCUAUCUAUCUAUGUUCAUAAUUAUCUCUUUUGUUCAUAUCUAUCUAUCUAUCUAUCUAUCUAUCUAUCUAUCUAUCUAUCUAUGUUCAUAAUUAUCUCUUUUGUUCAUAUCUAUCUAUCUAUCUAUCUAUCUAUCUAUCUAUCUAUCUAUCUAUCUAUCUAUCUAUACAGAAGUCAUGUCACCCUCUGUCCGAAAACAGAGGUUUUGUCACUCUCUGUCCAAAGACAGGGGUUUUGUCACCCGCGUUCCGAAGACAGGGGUCUUACUCUCUGUCCGAAGACAGAGGUCAUGUCACCCUCUGUCCGAAUACAGAGGUCUUGUCACCCUCUGACUGAAAACAGAGAUUUUGUCACCCUCUGCCCGAAGACAGAGGUCUUGUCACCUUCUGCCCGAAGACAGGGGUUAUGUCACCCUCUGCCCGAAAACAGAGGUUUGUCACCCUCUGUCCGAAGACAGGGGUUUUGUCACCCGCGUUCCGAAGAGAGGGGUCUUACUCUCUGUCCGAAGACAGAGGUUAUGUCUCCCUCUGUCCGAAUACAGUGGUGUUGUCACCCUCCGUCUGAAAACAGAGAUUUUGUCACCCUCUGUCCGAAGACAGAGGUCAUGUCACCUUCUUCCCGAUGA